AUGUCAAUGCGCUCUAAAUUAUCGCAUCGACUUUCCCUGCUGCGGGCUCGUUUGCGUGACUCAAUCCUCAUCGUCUUUACAAACGGCCACUCUGCCUGUUCAGACACUAUGCAUUCCUGGAACCCGGCCGCCUUGCUUCAGCCGGGUCGUCGCCAGCCUAAUCAUAGUCGUCUGGGAACACCCUCUUCGAAUCCCGCGUCGCCUAUGCCCUCGGCGCUCCGGGAUCGGGCUGAUUCUGAAUCCAGCGCUAGCAACACGGUUUUUCAGUUUGCUACGGCUGGUGACAGUGCUUCGGACAUCCCCAGUGGCCCAUCAACGCCUGGCAGCACAACGCCUGUUUCUGGCGUUGGGUCUUGGCUCGAACGAGUCAACAAUGUCCAGGCUCGGUCCGCCAUUCCGCAAGCAAAGCGAAGAAAAGUUGAUGAAUUCGGCGACGAUGGUAAAAGCACCACUAUGCCCACAAGGCACGGCGGCGGCGGCCUCGGAGACUAUGUUCGGGACCAGCAGCAGCAGUCCAAUGGCGCUAUCGCCACACAGGCCAUGAUGGUCGACUUGACAGCUGGUACCGAUGACGAGGUCCAGGAGAUCAGUGAUCCAAAAGACGAAGAAGUCUGCUAUGGCAUGAUAAAGACCUACCUAAACUGCACUCGAGUUCCGUCACCAAAGCCUGGAACCCAAAGUCUCUUUGGCGCUGGCUACAUUCCACCCAUCAAGAUCAACCUCAAGAGGGCUGUAGGCGACCAGACUCUCAAAAUACCAGCGUCCGACUUUACCCGUGAAAUUAUCGGUCACGUCGUAGCCGCAACUGCUGGUGCUAUGAGUCCGCUACUCGAUAGCAACUUGCGUCUGCGAACUGAGUGCCGCAUUCCAUCUCAACCUCGCAAACCGGGCGAGGAAUCAGGCAGCCCGACUUCACGGGCGUACAAUUUUGAGAUUGUUCUUUAUGGUCCGCUGAAAUACGCCAAGAACAUUGGAGUUCACCUCAAAAGAACUGGUCAGCAACUUGUGGCACCUCACAUGGUCCAAAAAGGGAUUCGCGUCCAGAACCCUCAUGUUAGCGAGUAUAGACCUCCCGCUCCACGAACGUACUCCUCGUCCAACAUGAAUGCACAAACAGUCUCUAGUGCUCUGACUGCCCGCACCGUCGAGGAGGUGCGCUCCGAAGUGCUGGGUGUCUUUGACUCGAUGACGAAAAGCGAAGACUUGCCUAUGAUGGACCCAAGUGACAUAAUUACCACGCCACUGCUUAAGCAUCAGAAGCAGGGUCUUUACUUCAUGACAACUCGCGAGUCCUCCAAUGCCCAAGAUGACAAUAAGGAGGGUCUGGUAUCUUUUUGGCAGACUAAACUUGGACCGAACGGCCAGAAGUUUUAUUUCAAUGUCAUUACCGGCCAUCAUCAGAAAGCGCCACCACCGGAGACCAAAGGUGGCAUCCUGGCCGACAUGAUGGGACUUGGCAAGACUCUCAGUAUUCUGUCUCUCUUGGCGACAACCACCGAGCACGCUCGGCAGUGGGAGACCAAAUCGCCCGUGCAGCCCUCUCCUGUGGAACCCAAGGCUGUUAGCAGAAACGACAUUCUUGGCGGUAACCAACCGUCUCUUGGCUUGACUGCUGUGACCAGAAAUUCACGAGCUACAUUGAUCGUAUGCCCUCUCAGCACAGUCACCAAUUGGGAGGAGCAGGUGAAGCAGCACGUUAAGUCUGGCGCUUUAAAUGUGCAUAUUUACCACGGCCCAAGCCGCAUCAGAGAUGCUGCAAAGCUUGCGUCCUUUGACGUCGUCGUCACGACCUACGGUUCAGUCUCCAAUGAGCUGAGCUCUCGCAAGAGGGGGAAGCACGGUCAGUAUCCGUUGGAGGAGAUUAGCUGGUUUCGUAUCGUUCUUGACGAAGCACAUAUGAUUCGUGAGCAAAGCACUGUCCAGUUCAAAGCCAUUUGCCGUCUUCAGUCAGACAGAAAGUGGGCUGUCACUGGCACGCCAGUGCAGAAUCGGCUUGACGAUCUUGCCGCUCUACUCGCUUUUCUGCGCCUGCAUCCUUUUCAUGAACGGAGCAAGUUCCAUCGCUAUAUUGUGGAGCCUUUCAAAGUUUGUGAUCCCGAAAUUGUUCCAAAGCUGCGUAUCCUCGUCGACACAAUCACUCUGCGGAGACUCAAGGAUAAGAUUGAUCUGCCGCCUCGACAAGACCUUGUUGUCAAGCUCGACUUCUCGCACGAGGAGCGCGCUGUCUACGACAUGUUUGCUCGAAACGCCCAAGAUCGCGUCAAGGUACUCGCUGGUGCGCGAGACAAGGGACUCGGCGGCAACACCUACAUCCACAUCCUCAAAGCCAUAUUGCGACUGCGACUGCUUUGUGCACACGGCAAGGAUCUUCUGAAUGAAGCAGACUUGGCUGCUCUUGCCGGCAUGUCUGCUGAACUAGCCAUCACUAUUGAUGAUGAAGACGAGGAUGGACCAGCCCUUUCCCAUCAGAAGGCGCACGAAAUGUUCACGCUCAUGCAGGACACCAAUAACGAUGCUUGUAUUGAAUGUAGCAAGAAGAUUGCGGCUAACGAUGACUCCAUGGAUAAUGAAACCCAAGGAGACAUUCUUGGUUACAUGACGCCAUGCUUCCACGUCAUCUGCCGCUCAUGCAUUGGCAGCUUUGAGCGUCGCGUCAAGUCUAACGUCCCUGCUGGUUAUAUUGCAGGCCCUUGCCCCGUAUGCAACAGCCAAAUCCGUUUUGACUUUGUCGAACUGCGCCGAGAGGAUGUGGAGGCCGAGCAUAAGGGUGCUAGCCGUAAAUCAAAGACUGGUCCCAAAUACACCGAUGGCUACAACGGGCCGCAUACAAAGACAACGGCCCUUCUAGAAGACCUUCUCAAGUCGGAAGAAGCAACCAAGGCCAAUCCCACUGAGCCGCCGUACAAGUCUGUGGUGUUUUCCGGCUGGACAUCGCAUCUGGAUCUGAUCGAGCUUGCCUUGAGGGCUGCUAGCAUUUCCUUUGUCCGGCUCGACGGCACCAUGUCGCGCAUGGCGCGUACCGCCGCCAUGGACAAGUUCCGCGAGGAUGACAACGUUCAUGUUAUCCUCGUAUCCAUCAUGGCCGGCGGUCUCGGCCUCAACCUGACGGCCGGCAACAGCGUGUACGUCAUGGAACCGCAAUUCAACCCGGCCGCGGAGGCGCAGGCCGUAGACCGCGUGCAUCGCCUCGGCCAAAAGCGCCCCGUCAAGACGGUGCGCUACAUUAUGCGCAACAGCUUCGAAGAGAAGAUGGUGGAGCUGCAAGAGAAGAAGACCAAGCUCGCCAACCUCAGCAUGGAUAGCCAGAAUAGGUCCCUGGACAAGGCCGAGUCGGCGCGGCAGAAACUCAUGGACAUUCGCAGCCUCUUCAAGUAA